AUGAGAACUGUUGCAGUCCUCGGAGGGGGUAUCGGGGGAUUGGCAGCGUCCUACUACCUUUGCAAAAGCCCCCAGGUUUCCAAGGUCGUUUUACUUGAGUCCAGUAGUCGUUUUGGAGGUUGGUUGUGGUCCACUAGGAGGUCUGAUGGAGGCGUGUUUGAACAUGGACCCAGGGGGAUUCGACCUGCCGGGGCAGUGGGACGAAAUACCCUUAAUAUGGUGGAGGACCUGGGUCUAACAGGGGAGAUUCUGCCCGUCACCUACAGUCACCAAGCUUCCAAGAACAGAUAUUUAUAUGUCAACAAACAACUUCAUAAGAUGCCUUCAGGAAUAAGUGGUCUUUUCCGGACAGUGAGCCCGUUCUCCCGCCCUUUGCUGUUUAGUAUUGCCACCGAGAUCUUUGCAAAGAGAAGCAAAAAUGAAGACGAAUCCAUACAUUCGUUUGUGUCUCGAAGGCUUGGAAAACAGCUGGCGGACAUUGCCGUGGACAGUCUGUGUCGGGGGGUGUUUGCGGGGGAUUGCCGCAAGUUGAGCGUGCGCUCUUGUUUCCCCGUCCUCUACAACGCAGAGCAGCACAGAGGUUCCUUGACACUCGGCAUGCUGCUGGGAUCUGGACCUUCCCACGUGGUUCCUCCUGGGCCUCUGAGUCAGAGAUCGAUGAAGGAGUCAUGGGCCCAAUGGUCCCUCAGAGGAGGAUUGGAGGAACUCCCGGAACGCAUCGUUGAGUUUCUCCAAAGGAGCGCGAGGGUAGAGCUACACCGAGACGCGUCUGUCAAACACAUCAGCCCUUUGACUAAAGGUUGGACGAUCCAUCUGGAGGAUGGACUCGUAUCUGCUGACCACAUCAUCUCUGCUCUUCCCGCUAAAGUGCUUUCGUCCACGCUGCCAUCUUCGUGUCAGCCUCUCGUCCGCGAGUUGCGUGACAUCUCCUCUGUCACCGUCGCUGUGGUCAACCUGCAAUAUGAAGGCUCCGUACUCCCAGUGACGGGAUUUGGACACUUGGUUCCAUCAUGGGAGGAACCGGGUUUGCUGGGAGUGGUCUACGACUCGGUCCCCUUCCCUCAACACGACAGACCUAAUGGCGCGUCAACCAGACUAACGGUAAUGAUGGGUGGCGCCUGGUUCCAUCAAGAGUUCGGCUCUCCGGACACCAUAAAAGAGGAGCAGCUUUUGGAGCAAGCCACCGAGGCGGUGCAACGUCACCUGGGAGUGACCUCGGCACCUAGUUGGAGUUGCGUUGCGCUACAUAAGGAUUGUAUACCUCAGUAUUAUGAGGGGCACUUUCGCCGAGUAGAACGCAUGCGCAGCUUUAUCAACAAAAACAACCUUUCGCUUUCUCUAACCGGAUCCUCCUUUGAUGGCGUGGCCGUCAACGAUGUCAUCUUUAGUGCAAGGACAGCUGUAGAGGAGUUGCUGGGAACCGCAGUUUGA